AUGAUAAAUUUUGCUUCAAAUAUUACGAGUAGGUAAUAAAGAGCUGCAACUCCAUCAACAGGGUCUUCGUAUCUAAGAUAGACCUUUUAAAGUCAAAAUUCUCGCAAAAUGGAAGUCCUUAUUAUAGGAAAAAAUAGCGAUCCAGAGCUUGAAUUUAUUAUUUAGUAAAGCGAGCUUUGGAUUAAUAAUGAUACUGAUUCAAAUGAAGAUUUGCUCUACUUUAGUGACUGUGUAGAUAUUGAAAUAGUAACACUACAUCAAACUCAUUUUGAUUACAUUUUAAAGGAAUUGAAAAGGAAAUCUCAUGAUAUACUUAAUCAUAGUUAUAACUCACCUAUUAUAUUAAUUAAUUCAAGCAGAUAUGUUGAAAGCUUAUUGCAUCUUAUUACUGUAUUUGUCACUGAGCUUGGUCUCCCAUAAGAAAUUUUUAUUAGAAGUAUACCUUAUUCAUUCAAUUAGCAAAACGAAUAUUUGCUAUAACUCACCUAAAUGACUCACAGCAAGCUUCUGCAAUAUUUUAAUUUUAGUGAGACAUUUACAUAUGUCUUCUUCGACAUUAAGCUUAAGAAUGGAUUUAUUGAGUGCAAUAAAAAAGUAAAGUCUAUGCACAGCAUCAACAUAAAUAUCUAAGAAGUGUAAAAAAUCAAUUAGUUUCGUAUUAUUAUUUAACUCAAUUCAAAGAUUAUGCCUAAAACCUGUUUAAACUUCUACCAACUUUGCUAAGGAAAUUUUAAAAACUCCAAAGGCUAGCGUCUUACAUAUAAAAACACUUUAUUUCAUGCCAUUUAAAAAAAUGCUUUCAUUUAAGGUGGAGCUUUCUCUGAAUUCGAAAAGGAUGAAAGCAUAUUUGGUCCAACAUUUGAAGACGAAAAUUAUGCAAUAAAACAUGAUUAACCUGGAAUUGUUGGAAUGGCUAAUUAAGGUGUACCUCACACUAAUGCGUCUUAAUUCUAUAUUACUCUUGGAGCUUAACCUGACAAAGACUAGAAAUAUGUAGCCUUUGGUUUAGUAGUUUAUGGGAUGAAAUAUCUUAGAAAACUUAAUAAGAUUACUGAUAGAUCUUCAUACACUCCUGCGUUUGAAGCUCGAAUAGUUAAUUGUGGUGAAUAUAACUUUUAAAAGGAUGACUUUGUGUAGGAAACUAAGAAGGACUUUGACCUGCUCGAUAAUCUAGAUUAGUUGAAUAAGUAAAUAAAUAUUGUAAAUAUAUCAAAGUAAGAAAGAAGCGCAAGUUCUUUGUAGUCUAUUAGACCCAAAAUAGGAAAUUCUGCUUAAAGUAGAAUUCAAGUUAAGAAAGACAAAGAUCAGUAUACAUCUUAACGAGAAAGAUUCAAAUCUAGUUUUCAUCAAUAAGAGUAAAAGAGACUCCCUUCAUUAUAAAAUUAGGUAGAUUCACUAAAUAGCUAUAAAAAAAUAGAGUUAGUAAAGGCUUAAGACAAAGAGAUCUUCAAACAGUAUAAAAAAGAAUUGGAAGACCAACCAAUAUUUUAAUUUCAUAAUGUGAAUCUAUUAUCUGAUCGAGGCAGUGGAAAUUUAGGAAAUGGACACAAAAAUUUUAGAAAAACUCAAUAAAAAUUUUAAUUUAAUUCAAGUAACAAUAAAAGCAAUUAUUUGAAAUUCUAAACUAAUAGUUUAGGAUUUUCUAAUCAUGGUAGUUUACCUAAAAAUUAAAUGGCUAAAACGAAUAAUGAUUUCAGGAAUAUGCUAAUUGCUCAAACCCUUUCCCCAAAUAUUGUUUAAUUACCAAAAGGAAGCACAAGAAACGAUAUAUAAAAAAAUGGUGAUUAAUUUUUGCAGAUAUUGCUAAAUAAUGCGAGUGCCUUGUCAAAUAAUAAGAAACUAAAUGGAUAAAAUUAAGAACAAAAAUAAGCUCAAAAUUCAUCAAAUUCUAAUAAUCACCUCGAAUUAGAUUAGUAACAAUCUGAUUAUAACCUUGACUAAAAUUUAUCUGAAAGACAAGAUUAAUAUUCAGAUAAUAACUUUGGUAGCAAUCUAGCUCACACCUACUUUAAGAAGUAAACAACUCCAAUAGAUAGUAAUAAUCUUUUAGAUUGUUUUAAUGGUGGCUUGAUGAACAAUGGAUAACAGCUACAAUUUAGAAAGCUUCCAAACAUUGAUAAGAAUUCCACUAAUAACGCAAACAGUUUUAAAAAUCAAAAAAUAUAAAUUGGCAGUCUUGGAAGUUUUAAUGAGUUUAACAAAGAUAAAAUCGUCAAUCACUCCAUAUAGAAUAUAUAAAAUGAUAUCAAAAAUUUAUAAACUUACAUGAAAUAACCUUCUAUCAAUAACAACCAUAUGUUUGAUGACAUAUCUUAGAAAAUUUUGAUGAGUAGUAAAGAGGAAAUAGGGUCUCUCAUAAUUAUAUCGCAAAUUAGUCAAUUUAAGAGAUUCAUCGCACAUCAGUAUCAAAAAAAAGUUCAAGAAGAUUAAAUGCAAGAAUUAACAAAGAUUAUACCAGGAUUAUCUGAGAGUAUAGCAAUGUAGCUACCUAUUAGUUUAAAAAAGUCGCUUUCAACAUAUGAACAGAUAUUCAUUAACAAAUAACUAACUCAGGAAUUGCUGAUUCCUAAAAUAGACACUAAGAAUACUGUAUUUAACAUGUCAAAACAGGUUGGAUUCGAUAUAUCUGAAGUGGAUGAUGAUUGGUGA